GUCUCGGAAAUAGCGUCGGGAAAGCGCGACGACGGUCGUGCUUGGGAAUCUCCAUCUUUGCGACAUCGCCCUACUGUCUGCAUUUGAACCUCCAUCCGCCCACUUUCGCUGCUCCAUUCACCCAUUGACUCCCCGCACGCUCUCUGCUCACCACCCAUUAUAUCCUGCGGAGCUGCUGCUGCCUAGAGUGCUACUCAUCCUACAUCCUACAUCCUACAUCCUACAUCCUACCAUUCCAAGCAUCCCGCCCAACAGAUCGUCACCAUGAAUGCCACCAAGCAGCUCCUCCAGCACCGCCAGCCCAUGAUCCGGUUCUUGGGCAAGCGGCAUACGCCUACAUCCAUCGACCACACGCCUCACGCGCAUCCCGCCUCCCCGACACAUUCUCUCCCCGAGUCCUUCGCUUCGUAUCGUCAGAAGGCUCAACAACACGGCCCGCUGAACCAGCAGAACCACAUUUCCAUCGGCGCAAUCGGAGGCAAGCCGGGUGCUUCUCUAGGCCCAGUGGAGGCCGGCAAGGGCAUAUUUUUCGACCGAUCGGAGCUCCCCGCGCGGUUCCAGCGGACGCCGUGGACACAGGCCGAGAUUGACGCCAUCGAGUCUGGCGGAGCAAGCAUGCACGCAUGAAGAAGAUGAAAGAAUGCAAGCAUCACACACUCACCGUGGCGAACGCUGUACAUACUUUGGACGAGGCCUCGGGAUGACAUGAAGGAUUGGGAUUGGCGGCGACAUCUAGCGCCUCACAUUAAUGGCGCUUUCAUAUUCAUAUGCAUGGGAAAAGCAGAAAUGGGAUGCGAUCUUGAUAUACCCUUUUAGAAUGCUGUCGCGAUG